UCCGCCCGUUCUCACGCGGCGGCUGCGAACAUGGAGGAAGCGGCUGUGGCGGAGCUGGCGGAGCUGUUGGCGGUCCCGGCGGCGCGGGAGGCCGCGGCGGAGGUUGCCCUGGCGCUGUCGGGGAGCGCCGAGGGGCGGAAGCUGCUGCUGGAGGGGCCGCCCGGGGUUCUCGAGGCGUUGUUGGAGCUGGGGACGACACCCUGGCCACCUGCUGCCUGCUGUGCGGCGGGCGGCCACGUCAACCCCAGCGCGGGGAGGCAGGGCAGAGGCGGCCAGGUCAACCCAAGCACGGGCGGCCAGGGUGUGCUGGGAGGCCAGGUCAACCCAAGCACGGGCGGCCAGGGUAUGCUGGGAGGCCAGGUCAACCCAAGCACGGGAGGCCAGGGUGUGGUGGGAGGCCAGGUCAACCCAAGCACGGGCGGCCAGGGUAUGCUGGGAGGCCAGGUCAACCCAAGCACGGGCGGGCAGGGUGUGCUGGGAGGCCAGGGUGUGGUGGGAGGCCAGGUCAACCCAAGCACGGGCGGCCAGGGUAUGCUGGGAGGCCAGGUCAACCCAAGCACGGGCGGGCAGGGUUUGGGGGGCCAGGUCAACCCAAGCACGGGCAGUCAGGGCGCAGGCGGUCAGAUUAAACCCAUUGCUGGUGGGUCGGGCUGUCAGGUCAACCCUAAUACGGGGGGCAAGGGCGCGGGCGGUCAGGUCAACCCCAGCACGGGAAGCCACGGCGCGGGCCGUCAGGUCAACCCAAGCACGUGUAGUCAUGGCGCGGGCUGUCAGGUCAACCCAAGCACGUGUAGUCAUGGCGCGGGCUGUCAGGUCAACCCAAGUACGUGUAGUCAUGGCGCGGGCUGUCAGGUCAACCCAAGCACGUGUAGUCAUGGCGCGGGCUGCCAGGUCAACCCAAGCACGUGUAGUCAUGGCGCGGGCUGUCAGGUCAACCCAAGCACGUGCAGUCAUGGCGCGGGCUGUCAGGUCAACCCAUGCACGUGUAGUCAUGGCGCGGGCUGCCAGGUCAACCCCACGGUAGGCGGCCAGGUCAACCCUGCUUUGAGCUGCCUGGUCAACCUCUCCUCCGAGCCAGCCGCCCGUGAACGGCUGCUGGCGGCUCUGCCCGCCCUGCUACGGCUCCUACCGGCCGGCCCGGCUUGCGGGGUAUUGGCCAACCUGUGCCGGGACCGCGAAGCGGCUCAGCGGGUGCUACAGGGGCUGGAAGAGAACGGAUCCGGGUUGGAGUCGCUCCUCGGGGCGUUGAGGGAGCCUCGACCGCCUCCGGAACUCGGCUCCCUCCUUUGUAACCUCAGUCAAAUCCCCGAGGGGCGCCGAGGGAUCCUCGACCGCUCCCGGCGGUCGGUGCAGCGGUUACUCCCCCACACGCAGUUCCCGGCGGUGUUGGAGCUGCGUCGCGGCCUCAUCGGAGCCCUCCGGAAUUGCUGCUUCCAAUACGAGGCCCACGAGUGGCUGUUGAGUGAAGAGGUCGACGUUCUCCCCUUUCUCCUCCUCCCUCUCGCCGGUCCCGAGGAAUUCCCUGAGGACGAGAUGGAACAACUUCCGGUGGACCUUCAAUACCUUCCGCCGGAGAAGCAACGCGAGGAAGAACCGGAUAUCCGGAAGAUGUUGUUGGAGACCAUCAUGCUGCUCUCGGCCACGGCCGUCGGUCGCGGUGUCCUUCGGGCCAAGGGGACAUUCCCGGUGCUGCGGGAGCUUCACCGCUCGGAGCAGGAGCCCCGCGUGCUGGCGGCGUGCCAAAAGCUCAUCCAGGUGCUCAUCGGGGACGAUCCCCCCCCGGGAAUGGAGAACCUUCUGACCGUGGAGGUCCCCGCAGAGGUGGAGCUGCAGCUUCAACGCUUGGACCGAGAGGAGGAGGAGGAGGAAGAGCGACGGUGGGAAGAGGCACAGAGGGGCGACGGUGCCCACGGAGAAGACCUCGGACCUCCUCGCGGUGGAAUGAGCUCCACAUCUCCCCAACGUCUCAACAUCUCCAGCGAUGGAGACUCCACCACCUCCAGCACGAGCUGAGAAGGCUUUGAGGGGCCAAAUCCUUCCUGCUUGGCC